UUUUCGUGCCAUUCCCAUUCCUUUACACUUCCACCCCCUCACAUUAUUAUCCUUACUAUUAUCAACAGAGCAAGUUGCUGUGACCAUGGCAGACAGCAUCUACACCGCUGUCUAUUCUGGAGUGCCUGUGUAUGAGCUAAUGUGCCGCGGCAUUGCAGUCAUGCGGCGUAAGGAAGACUCUUACUUGAAUGCUACCCAGAUUCUUAAGGUCGCUGGGAUAGAGAAGGGAAAGCGUACGAAAAUCCUAGAACGGGAAGUGCUCCCUGGCGAACAUGAAAAAGUUCAAGGAGGUUACGGCAAGUACCAAGGAACCUGGGUGCCAUUUAAGAGGGGAAAGGAGUUGGCAAAGCAAUACCAAGUGGAACCCUAUUUACGCGGAUUGUUUGAAUAUGAAAUUCCUCCUGGAGAAUCUGACACAGUGACCCCUACAAAGGAGAUGGUGCAUGCGGCACAAAGGGCUAAGGACGGCCCAAAGCAGAAAAAGAAUUCUGGAUCACCUAGAAUGAGUCCCGCAGUCAAACAUAGUCGAAGCGGUUCAGCCAUGCCCUCAGGAUCAGCAGGGUCGCAAACAUUCCAUAAUGGUCCUUCCAUGACACCGUCUCCUCUGCAUCCUUCUUUUAAUGCACCCUCUCCUUCAAUUCCACCCUCACCACAGUGGCACACGGAACAUCCGCCCAGAAAAAGGCUACGAACAAAUAACUCACCACCACCACUACACGAGUUUGAUGAUGAAGGGCCUUCCAAAUCCACACCAAAUCAUUUCUUGUCGUUGGAGCAGCAUUAUCCUCAUUCACAGCGGCAGUACCCGUCUAAUCAUCCCUAUCGCCCCUAUCAUGGAGAUCCAUAUAGUGAAAUGGAAUAUGAGCGCCAAGAACGUGGAUUGAUACCUUAUAUAGAUCAUCCAGUUGACGAGAUACCACUUGAAGGAACUGAAAAGUAUCGAACGAUUAUGAUGAGUAUUUUUUUAAACGACGACCAAGAUCAAAUUCCGGACAUCCUAGCAGACCCAAUUUCACCACCAGAUUUUGAUAUUAACCUGGUGAUCGAUGAUCAAGGCCAUACUGCACUGCAUUGGGCUGCGGCGCUGGCGAGGAUAUCAAUACUGGACCUUCUUGUGCGGAAGCAAGUGGAUAUACGUCGGGUCAACUAUAAUGGUGAAUCAGCUUUGAUCCGCGCAGUCUUGGUUACCAAUAACUAUGACAAACAAUCGUUCCCUCAUGUACUCAGCUUGCUGUAUACAGCCAUACCGCUAAUUGAUCGUAAAAAUCGGACUAUACUUCAUCAUAUUGCUGUUCAUGGAGGAAUUCGUGGCAGGGAGGCGAGUGCUAGAUAUUACAUGGGUUGCUUAUUUGAAUGGAUUGCACGGCAUGGAGGCGAUUUCGCAUCAAUUGUCGACAUCCAAGAUAAAAAUGGCGAUACGGCGUUGACGAUCGCUGCCAGAGUUGGGGAUCGCUAUCUGACCAAGAUGUUGCUUGAUGUUGGCGCUAACCGUGAGAUAGAGAACAAGGUUGGACUGAGAGCAGGAGAUUUUGGCAUAGAGGAGCUGUCGGAACUGUCCGGUCCACCGCCUCCAGCACGUCCCAUCAUUCCUGCUUCCGACAUGGACACUGAAGAAAGUUCAAAGACUGGCAAGAGAGGCAGGGACUUAAUGAAUGUCGUUCAAAAGAUGGUAGAUGAGCUGGAUCUGGAAUUUUCGCAUGAAAUCAUGACUAGACAAAGUCAGCUCCAAGAUACUCAAACUCUUUUACGAAAUGCGACGAGCGAGCUUUCGGAAAUGAGGCGGACACUUAAGAAUUGUAGAACCCAAGCACAACAAUUGACGGAAGCGCAGCAAAAAAUCAAAAAUCUGGAGCUUUCAUUAGAAGAGGAAUCUCAAAAAACACGUAGUCAAAAUGGAUAUUCGAGCGCAUUGCGACAAAAAGAUAACACUAGUGAUGAUAUUGAUCAGUAUCUCUCAGUUCCCACGAUAUCAGCUUCCACUGCUGUUGACAAAGAAGAAAAAGAGGAAGAUGCCUCUACGGGGGAAAAAAAUUAUGGAUCGAAUGACUACCAAGAUAGAGAGGCGAAGGCGCGUGAAGAAGUACUCCAGUUGCGUGCUCGAAUUUCGGCCUACGAGCAGAAUGAAAAAGAGCUCGCGCAAGAACUGGAAUCGAUCAAGGAUCAGUCGCUAGAUAAGGAGCUUCAAUGCCGCAAAGUCAUUUCUGUGUGCUGUAACAUUCCAAUUGAAAAAGUGGAUGAAAUGCUUGUACCACUCACGUUAGCGGUUGAGAGCGAUGGGGCAAGUUUAGAUCUUUCGAGGGUUGCAGGAUUUAUGAGUAAAGCCAAGCAACAGGAUGCAGUUGCCUUGGCUCAAAAGGCGUCAGGGACUACGGCACCCAAGCCAUUGUAAAUAGUCACCAUCAUUUCAACUAGCUUAACAUUUAAUAGUAAUCAUCAUCAUUAUUCAACUUCCCACAUGGUGGAUCCAAUACAUAUAUUACUGCUGCC